UAACGGCGCCGGCGGCGGGGCGGAAGGGACCACUGAGGACACGGGGGUGCCGGCGGCGAGGGGCGGGGUUCCUGCCUGCAGCACCCGCGGCCUCGGGCGCGUCCCCCCCUCAGCCGGCUUCGCGCGGUGGUUCGCUCCGGCCGCGCGCGGCGCUCGCCGGUUCCGGGGCUGGCGGGCGCGGGUGGCGGCGCAGCGCGCACCGGUGGCCCUGGCCCCGCGGCUCCGUCGCGAUGCUGGAGCUGGUCGUGGCGCUGCUGGCCGUGGCGCUCGCCUACUUCGCGCUGCUGGACGGGUGGUACCUGCUGCGCGUCCCGUGCGCCGUGCUGCGCGCGCGCCUCCUGCAGCCGCGCGUCCGGGACCUGCUGGCCGAGCAGCGCUACGCGGGCCGCGUGCUGCCCUCGGACCUGGACCUGCUGCUGCACAUGAACAACGCGCGCUACUUGCGCGAGGCCGACGUGGCGCGCGCCGCGCACCUGGCCCGCUGCGGGGUGCUCGGGGCGCUGCGCACGCUCGGGGCGCGCGCCGUGCUGGCCGCCUCGUGCGCGCGCUACCGCCGCUCGCUGCGCCUGCUGGAGCCCUUCGAGGUGCGCACCCGCCUGCUGGGCUGGGACGACCGCGCCUUCUACCUGGAGGCGCGCUUCGUCAGCCUGCGCGACGGCUUCGUGUGCGCGCUGCUGCGCUCCCGCCAGCACGUGCUGGGCGCCUCGCCGGAGCGCGUGGUGCAGCACCUGUGCAAGCGCAGGGUGGAGCCCCCGGAGCUGCCGGAGGACCUGCAGCACUGGAUCGCCUACAACGAGGCCAGCAGCCGGCUGCUCCGGGCCGAGAGCGGGCUCAGCGACGUUGUCAAGGACCAGUGACCAUCCCUGCCCGCCAGCCACUACCUAGGCAGUCACCCGCCCGUCCCCGCCUGCCAGGAGGCAGACACUGCAGAAUGGGGAGGCGGCCCGGGCUCUCCGAGCUGAGGUAGCCUGUGACCAGCCCAGCCCCCUUCACUCGCUCGGCCCUCCCCCACCCCCAUAAUUGACGCCCCUCUGAGAGCCUCCCCACUGAGCAUGGGAUGGGGUGACCUAGGCGCCCUGACCUAUCUGUCCUGCGGGUGGAGGCGGUGAGUGCAGAGGGAGGCCCAGAGUCCUGGGCGUUGGGGCUGGGUUGGGGGGUGCCAGGCUUCCAUGGGCCCGGUCCAGAGAUCGCUCGGAGCUCAGGGAGCACCUGGAGCCGCACUGGGCACCGAGCCCGCAGUCGGAGAUGGUAGGGGAGGGGGCACCUGAGGGGCCGCCAGCAUCUCAGGCCCGUCCCUCCCUCGGGCUGCAGGGGAGGGGGUGGCAGGCCCGGGGCGGAGUCGAGCGGGUCAGAGGGCGUGGGGCUUCUGUGCAGGUGGCGAGCUUCCUGAAGCUGGGGGUGCCCUCUGCACCUGCCCUCACUGUCUGCAUUCCUUGGUCCCAUUGGGGUGUGCUGUGUGCCCACGGGUGGGGCCCUGCCCUCUCUGGCCCUCCCACUGGCUGGCCUUGCCUCGCACCCUGUUCUGCUACCCAUCGCCCCUUCUUCCUGGGAGGGGCCGCCUCCCUGAUGGGCCGGGGCUGGGAGGGGUCUUCUCGGUUCCACCCCAGCGGCCUGGCCCAGAGCUGCCCUCAGGGCUCCCCGAUGGAGCCACCCACCUGCUGGGUGUGGCCAAGCCUCCCCCCUACCCCCCCCCCCCCCCCAGCCUUAUGCCUCAGCUGGAGAGAGGCAGGAACUGGCUGAAACCAACAAGCAAGAAAGCCCGGCCCGGGACACGGAUCAGGGCCCAGGAUGCGUGACUGCCGCCGCCUGUGUGUGUGGCGCUGCCCCCCGAGUGCACGGGCGGGCCAGGCAGCCGGAGCCCAGAGCCGCGCCUCGCCGCCAGUCUGGGAGGCCCCCACCCCCGCCUUGGAGCCAGGAGCACAGCCCGCCUCAUGCCUCACGCGCACACGGUCGCCUUACAGCCGCUGGGAAGCUGCAAUGUGUGUUCUGCUAAAGGACCCGAGAUUAAAGGGUCUUCGGUGUGA